GUCACUUUUGAAAGUAAGACCAAUCAAUAUAUGUGUAUGUGUGUGUGUAAGAGAGAGAAGGUUAUUGUGUCCAAAUAGCAUUAAAACCAUGUCAUAUCAUUCAGGAACUAGAAUGGGACCAUAUUACACAGUUUUGUUUUUGUGAUGUAAUAUGUUUGUGUAUAUUAACAAAAGGGCUAGCUCUCGAUCAGCCUGCUUCUUGUCUAUAUAGCUAGGUAGGCAUGUUGAAGCUGUAAGAUCAUAUUUCUUCCACAUUCCAAAUCUUGAUUCAUUUAAGAUAGAUACUUCUAAAUCUGAACACUGUCCUAUAAAAUUAUUCUUCUGUCCUAAACAAGCAAUGAAGUCUGGCAUGCUCAUGUCUCUGCUGCUUCUAUCACUUCUCAUCAUUCAUCAAGCUCAAGGUAUGAGAUUCAUCAGAAAAGGAAGUCUAACUAUUAAUAGUCAGCAAUUCAUGAGCCAUAAAACUCUCGAGGAGAAGACUGACAAAGAUGUCGUUGAAGAGAUUAACAAGCAUUUCGCAGGAAGAGCUAGAAAACUGAUGAGCACAUCUCCAAUUCCAACGACUGCAACCAUCGCUAAGAAUGAGAACAAAAUGAAGAAAGAAAAAUCAGCCAAGAAAAAGGAAAAUCCGUCAGUAAAUUCAGCUGAGCAACGGCUGGCGGCGGCGGCCGACGAGACAUAUCCGGGCAUACUAGAUAUAGCCGGAAUGGAUUAUUCUCAGGCAAGAAGAAAACCUCCGAUUCACAACUAACUCUAAAUUUUGUGGAAUUAGAUCUGUGAUUUUCUUGGAAUAGGCUUAGGUAAAUUAGCUAGCUAGACAACAAUCCUAUAUAUGUGUGUGUGUAGAAAAUUAAUAAAUUAAUGUGCUGCCAUUUUUGUUUUUUGGAUUAGAAACUAAGAUUUUGUAAACAAAAUUGUGCGGUAUGCAUGAUUAAUUAUCGGAUGUUGGCAAUAUCUAAUCUAACCCUUUGUACUUCAAAAA